UUCAUGCGCCCACCACCUGGCGCGGCGUGAUGACGACACGCGACGGGUGGAGCUCACGUGAGGGAUUGGCCCAGGGCGGUGACGUGGCGGGAGGCGGAAGUGAGGCGGCUCUAACGAUGCUACGGCAGGACAGUAAUGAUGACACUGAAGAUGUGUCACUGUUUGACGCGGAUGAAGAAGUAUCCACGAGAUCAAAAAAGUCAAAGAUAAGGCACCCAGUGGCAUCAUUUUUCCACUUGUUCUUUCGAGUCAGUGCAAUAAUUGUCUAUCUUCUCUGUGAACUGAUCAGCAGCAGCUUUAUUGCCUGCAUGGUGUCAAUUAUCCUGCUCCUGUCGUGUGACUUUUGGACAGUAAAGAAUGUUACGGGCCGGCUGAUGGUCGGCCUUCGCUGGUGGAACCAGGUGGAUGAUGAUGGCAAGAGUCACUGGGUGUUUGAAGCCAGGAAGGCAUCGGCUCAAGGGAAAAAAGUUUCAUCUGAAGCAGAGUCCCGAGUCUUCUGGUUAGGACUAAUUACCUGUCCUGUCAUCUGGGUGAUAUUUGCUUUCAGUGCCCUGUUCUCAUUCAAAGUGAAAUGGCUGGCAGUGGUUACAAUGGGAGUGGUUCUGCAGGGGGCCAACCUGUAUGGUUAUAUCAAGUGUAAAGUGGGCAGAAGAACAAAUUUAACCAGCAUGGCUACCUCCUAUCUUGGAAGACAGUUCUUGCGGCAGACUGUGGUUAAAGAUGACCAAGCCGCAUCCUGAAGACUGAUGCAAAAUUGGAGUGGAUUUGUACUGGUGAACAAUAGUAAAUGUUUUGUGACCAUGAGUUUAGGAGCUGCAUAAACUAUGUGUGGAUUUUUUUUAAAUUAAAUCUUGUAAGACUUCAGGUCAGCUCUCCCAGCAAAUUACUCACAGUUUUUCUGCAACAGUUUGCAUUUCAGAGCUCUUCUAAUAGUUUGUUUGGUUAAGGCACUUGAGUUAAUUCACCUAAUCUUUUAAUUAAAGAAAAUCAUAGAUCUGGAGCCUAAAUGGGAACUAAACAGACUGGGGUAAAGUAAGUGAGAAAACUUCUGGCAUCCUUCCUCAUAAUUUGUCAGUGUGAAAAAUGUAAACGAAGCAGGCUUUAUAUCAUCCAAGGACUCCCCCAUCCCUCCAGCAAUUGCAUCAAAUAGCAAUUCACCCUGCAGAAUUACUAGCUGCCGAAGUAAUUCUGCUGUUGGAAGUAAUGCUGUCUAAAUCCCACUCUUAUUCUGUACAUUGACUGCAGCUAGAAGAUGACCUGUUAGCAGAUGUUGGUCUUGAAUCUGUUCCCAUUGAAUUCAGUGGGACUUCUGUCAUUGGCUUGGGUGGGAUCUUAAAGUGACAUCUAAGCAGCUCAGUUACUUUGAUAUUCUGGACAGCCUGAUCAACACCUGACUGAGAGGUUGUGCUGCAGCUUUGAUUCCACCUUGCUCGAUGUAUAGAAGUUUUGCUUCCCAAAGAAGGCAGGAGCUAGGAUGGUGUGGAACUAAAUCCUUAGUGUGGGGCAGAAUCCCCCCUGACCCUGUGGUGUGUGUCUGAACAGAGAGCAUGAGAGCAGGCAGUGGGUGUCGGGGAAGCAGUGCUAAAUACUAGUAGCGAAGUGAAGCUGUGAGUGGUUGUUGCCUGGCCAUUACUAAUAAAACAAAAUGCUUCAUGCUGCCUUAACAGACCACGAUACAUCUACACUGUGCCCAAGGGGGAUCUGAGGCUCCCUGGGAUAGAUGGGGAUGGUGAUACCUGAUAAGUGCAUCAGUAAGUUUGCCACUGCUGGAAAUGGUGUAUUGCAGAUCUGCAUUGACUGCCAGUCUGUCUGCAAAGGAUGGCACUGCUGUUGUUAUUGGAAAUAACUGACUGCUGAUUCUCCCCCCAGUACAAUAUAUAUAUAUACACACACACACAUAUACACACACAUAUAUACACACACACAGAGAGAGAGAGAGAGAGAUAAAUGCUCAGGCUCACUUGCUAGUAAAGUGCAGUUGAACAUUAGUAGUAGUUGAAAACAGCCCUCGCUAAAAAUUCAGUGUUUGAUUCCAAACUUUUAACUGGCCGCUCUCCUCUCACUCACUGUUUUGCUGGCAGGGCGGAUUCAUGCAAUCUGAAUAACUCAUAUUCCGGAGCGGUGUAAGAAACCUAAUGAUUGAAUGCCAAGUUGGCAGAAAGGUUAACGUUACACUAAUCCAUGCUGUAAUUGCUCCUCAAGUUGUGCCCACCAACAAAUUAAUUGGGAUUGGUAAGAAAUCUGUAUCUGCUGUGUGCUCAUGGACUUUUGGGUUAUGUAGCACAGUUAGAUGGAGGAAGGUGAUGUAGUUUGCUUGAAAAGCAGUGUCGAGAGGGGACCAAUUCUCCCUUGUCCUGUAACUCAGUUGAAGGGGGAUUGGUCUUUUACAUCAGAGGGGAGAAUACAACCCUGGAUGGGUAUUUUUUAAUUUAAAAGCAUAGUCUCUUUUUGGAUCUAAAUCGUGGGAUUGCAUUAACAGUGUUUCUUGCUAUACUAAAGCAAUAUAUUGAAAUAGUAAAAUCUCUUCAAACUCCGGCACUGUACAUUUGUUAAACUCUUUGGACGAAUAUCUUUUUGUAAAUACAUAUUUAUAAAGUCUUGAAAUUAAAUAAUGCUUUGUCUACCA